AUGAACCCGGAAGUGGCAAACGCGAGCAAUGCUCUUAACUGUAGUACGCAGUUUACUUCAUUCGAGGACGAUGUUGAGUCCUGUAGAAACUAUUACCACGACUUUGAAUAUGAAUUUGUGCAUAGAAUUCUAGUGGUGAUAGUACCAUUAUUCUUCGGGAUAAUUGGAAUUCUCGGUCUGAUCGGGAAUUUGCUGGUGGUCGUGGUAGUGGCGGCGAAUCCUGGAAUGAGGUCGACCACGAACAUUCUAAUCAUCAACCUCGCCAUAGCUGAUCUGUUAUUCGUUAUGUUUUGUAUACCGUUCACGGCCACCGACUUCGUAUUACCAUACUGGCCGUUUGGCAACGUCUGGUGCAAGAUCGUUCAGUAUAUGAUUAUUGUCACGGCUUACGCUAGCGUUUACACCCUGGUACUGAUGAGUCUCGACAGAUAUCUAGCAGUCGUGCAUCCGAUCGCUUCGAUGUCGUGGAGGACAGAGACUCAUGCCAUACACGCGAUUUGCAUUCUGUGGGUAAUGAUUUUAACGUUGUCCAUCCCUGCCUUUGUGAUCCACGGCAAGAUUCACUACAUGUUCGAAGGACAAAAUUUGACAGCCUGCCGGAUCCUGGAUCAGUAUGACUGGACUUCCUACCAGGUGCCCUUCUUCCUUUCAAGUUACGUGAUGCCCCUGGUGUUAAUAUGCGUUUUCUACAUGUUCAUGCUAGUUAGGUUGUGGCGCAGUGUGCGCACUAGCGCCGAGAACCGACGUGGGAGGAGACGGGUCACCAGACUCGUUGUCAUCGUUGUCGUUGUCUUCGCCUUUUGCUGGUGCCCUAUACAGAUGAUACUGGUGCUUAAGUCUCUGAACAUGUAUCCGCUUACUACGGCGACUAUAAUGGUGCAGAUAGUCAGUCAUAUCCUGGCCUACACCAACAGCUGUAUUAAUCCCUUCCUCUAUGCCUUCUUGAGCGAUCACUUCCGAAAAGCCUUCCGAAAGAUCAUCUAUUGCAGGCCAACGGCAAACCUAGACAAUCAGAUGGGACCAGCAACGAGGACCACGAGAACUGGUAGUGCUGGUGAUAUUCUUUAG